AAACAAACAAGCGUCUGCCUGACUGAGACGUUGAUUGUGAAAGUAGAAAUUUUGACUCAUGAUCACGAUUUACGUUUUACAUUUGAGUUGUUUCAGAUAAGUUUUCAAUAUGGCAGAAUGCCAAAUGGAGCGGGAACCAAGGGGAGCAAGAGCGAGACCCCCAAGGCCUCCACCCCUUACCCAGAGCAGAGACAGUGUGACGGAUGCAAAGACAUUUCAGAAGCUUCAUGAUUCUGCAUAUAAAUAUAUCAAUAAAGGACUCGCCUCAGACGAGGUCUCAAACAUCCAAGAAGCCAUAGCUAACUACCAGAAAGGUCUGGAGAAUAUCAGCAAAGGGCUAGAAAUAAACGUGGAAAGUUUGAAUUGUUCUGAAGAUGAGAAAAAUGACUUAAAAAUGAUGCAGCAGAAAAUGACCAAAACAAAACUUCAAAUUGAAUACCGCAUUCAGUCUCUGACACAGACAACAAACGGAGUCUCUGAUUCAAUGGAAGUUGAGGCCCCACCAUCUUAUGAAGAAUCCAUCUCAUCCCCUGGGUCUAUUUCAGAGGAGGCAUUCCUUUCUUUAGGUGACUCAAUUAUGGGUGAACAAUCAAAUGACGAUUCUCUCUCUGCAAAUGCAGAGGAAAUAUUUGGUAUACCUGAUGGGGUACAGAUUUUCUACAUUACCAAGGAAGGGUUUGUCAGUGCACCCUCCUAUCCAUCGUCCCUCAAAAUGGUCCGCUUCACUGACCCCCCACCAGCAGAAGAUCAGAACCGACCUCCAGCCUUUCUCAAAGUUGAUAACUGGAUAUACCCUCUUGUCCCUGGGAUGUCCCCUGCUUUACAUGCAACAAAUGGGUCAUACAUUUUCCCAGAUGUAACAGCUAAUGCAGAAGGAUCUUCUGUUGGGUUGCUGUUACCUCCAGAUGCUACCCCGAGUCAGAGACAUCAGUUUGAGCAAACUCUGGCCUCCCUGACAGCUCUGCUGGAUCAGACUAUGCCUACUGCUCCACCCAUGGAGCAGGAACCUUCAGCCCCUCCCAUGGAAGCAGAAAUGGAAGACAUCCGAGAACCUGCAAAGGUGGGUGUCACUGUGUCUGAAGUAGAGGUGAAGGAGAGGACUGAAGACGGCACAUCCACCAAAAUAGCCAAGGGUAUUACAGUAGCUUCACAGUGGAUCUCUUGGGGUCUAGAGAAAGGAUCAGAAAAGGCCGGACAUUUUAUCAGGGUAGGGUCUAGCAAAAUAAGAGAGCACCUGCAUCCAGAACAGCCAAAACCUAUCGACCCUAAGGUACAGAGGGGGGCUGAGUAUGCCAGAAAGGGAGCCCAUGUUGCUGUAUCUGUCAGCUCGUACCUGGUGACAAAAUUGGGCCAAGCCACAGUGGCAGUAGCAAAAGAAAUGGCCCCUCACAUCCGUAAACAUGGCCAGAAACUCCUGCCUGACUCCAUCAAAAGCAAGACCCCGGCCCCUGGCAGUAAUUCCAAGGUGGACAAAGUUGUAGACGGGGCGGUGGAGGUCGCCGCCUCAGGUCUUAAAGGUUUUGGUACAGUGUACAUGUCACUGGAGUCAGCAGCUAAAGCCCUGGCCAAGAAUCUGGCGAAUGAAACAGUCACAGUGGUCAACCACAAGUAUGGAAGUGAAGCCGCUAAAUUGUCAGAGAACGCGCUGUAUGCAGUGGGAAAUGUUGCCAUGACAGCAUACAAUGUGGAUAAUCUUGGGGUGAAGGCCAUCGCGAAGCGGGCCGCAAAAGACACUGGCAAGGAACUUGUGAAAGAUAUACACAAGGAGUGGAAAGGUGCCAGCAAACCUCCCAGUAUGAGUUACUCCUCUUUGAAUGACCAGCAACACAAGAAGUGAUCAUGGACAUCGUGAUAAUUCUCCUCACCAUAUUGUUAUUAUUUAUUUCUGAAUCAUGUAUCACAUGUUGAACCGUUUUCAUGUUGAGGGUUACAGGAGAAGAUGUAUUUGAAGCGGAUUUCAUUUUCUUAUCAAUUUACAUUUAUGCAUUCUUAUUACAAUGUUGUAAUGUAUUGUAUUCAACAUGUGUAAAGGCAAACAUGAAGAUUCAGUUUAUGUUUACAUGUAUAAGCAAUAGUGUGCAAGUAUUUGCUGAUUGUAAAUUGAAACCAUUUCCACUAGACUUAUGUGAAUGAUGAGCUCUUUCUUGUUAUUUUUUUAUGUAUAAUUACUGUGAUAAAUAAAAAAAUAAAGUUAUUUAAAAAAAUUAA